GGUAGGUUCUUCCUCCCACUCGUGUGUUCACGUCGUUUGAGCUUCAACUCAAGAGAAUUUCAAAGCGGAUUUUAGCUGAAUUUAUCAGGCUAAAACCGCCAAAAAAAAUCUAAAAAACACCACAAAAACUACCAAAAAAAUCACAAAAGGUUUAAAACAGUCUUUGGAAUUGUCCAAGACCAAAAAAAGAGAGCUUUUUCCUCACGAAAACGAAGAAUAUUCAAGACGAGUCAAGAUGAAUCCCUCGGCCGGUCCUAACUACCCAAUGGCGUCUCUAUACGUUGGAGAUUUAGCUCCUGAUGUUACUGAAGCUAUGCUUUACGAGAAGUUCAGCACUUCUGGUCCUGUUCUAUCUAUCCGUGUUUGUCGUGAUCUAGUAACGAGAAGAUCUUUGGGCUAUGCGUACGUAAACUUCCAACAACCAGCCAACGCGGAGAGAGCUCUAGAUACGAUGAACUUCGAUCCAAUCAAGGGAAGACCAUGUCGUAUCAUGUGGCAGCAGCGAGAUCCUUCCCUUAGAAAGUCAGGCGUUGGCAAUAUUUUUAUCAAGAACUUAGACAAGAGUAUUGACAACAAGUCCCUUUACGAUACCUUUAGUGCCUUUGGAAACAUUCUUUCCUGUAAGAUUGCAGUCGAUGAUCUUGGGAACCCCAAAGGCUAUGGCUUUGUUCAUUUUGAGAAGGGAGAGGAUGCAGACAAGGCUAUACUUAAGGUGGAUGGAAAAUUGUUGAACGAUAAGAAAGUAUUCGUAGGACGUUGGAUGUCAAAGAAAGAACGUGCUGAAAAAAUUGGUAACCAGCCCAAAAAAUUCACCAAUGUUUACCUGAAGAACUUUGGUGAAGAACUGACUGAAGAGAGACUGAAGGAUAUGUGUGCUGAUGCCGGCACGAUCAUAAGUUUGAAGCUUAUGACUGAUGAUAUAGGAAAACCUAAGGGCUUUGGAUUUAUCAGUUUUGAAACUCCUGAAGAAGCUGAGAAAGCUGUGGAACUCCUCAACAAUGUAGACAUAAAUGGGCGCAGGUUGUAUGCUGGUCGUGCCAAAAAGAAGGCUGAAAGAGCAGCUGAAGUGAAAGCUGAAUUUGAGAAGAAAAGACAAGAGCGUAUGAGCCGUUUCCAGGGUGUCAAUCUCUACAUCAAAAAUCUUGAUGACCCGAUAGAUGAUGUGCAGCUCAGAGAGGAGUUUGCUGCUUAUGGCACAAUCUCUAGCGCCAAGGUCAUGAGAGAUGAAAAAGGAAACUCAAAAGGUUUUGGUUUUGUGUGCUUUUCAUCACCCGAGGAGGCAACAAAGGCAGUGACAGAAAUGAAUGGACGGAUCCUCAUUUCCAAGCCCUUGUAUGUUGCUCUGGCACAACGUAAAGAGGAGCGCAAAGCACAGCUGGCUGCUCAGCACAUGCAGCGCAUCUCUGGGUUGAGAAUGCACCAGGGUCAGGGUCCAUUCUUUGGACCACAGAUGCCACAAGUCCGCCCACGCUGGAACAUGCAACAACCUCAACAACAGAUGCGACCUGGUGUACCAAACAUGCCCAGUGCAGGGCAGGUACCCAGAGCUCGUGKUGUGCGUCAAGUUGUACCAAGGGGAGUGGGUCCACAGUCAGGUGUCCCUCAAGGCAUGCAAGGUGGAGGACAACGCAUGCCCAAUGUGCAGAUGUCCCAGCCGCCCCAGAGAGUACCAGGUGGACAAAGUCAAGUCAGACCUAGCUAUGAGUUCUCUCAGACUGUGCGCAACCAGCCUUCUGCACAUGCACAGCAAGGCGGCCAAGAGCCUCUUCUCCCAAGUGUCCUGGCACAAGCAACUCCCCAAGAACAGAAACAGAUGUUAGGUGAACGUCUGUUCCCCCUGAUCCAAAACACCCACCCAGACCUGGCUGGUAAAAUCACUGGCAUGUUGCUAGAGAUUGACAACAAUGAGCUCUUGCACAUGUUAGAGUCUCAUGAAGCCCUGCAAGCCAAGGUUGAAGAAGCAGUAGGUGUCCUCAAGGCACAUCAUGCUAAAGAUACCUUUGCUCAAGAAGGACAGAACUGAAGAUGAACAAGAACGAUGAUAGAGAUAGAC